AUGAAGUAUCGCGGAGUUGUCUACGAUGUCGGACUAAGGUUCCAGGACCAAGGGUUCUCAGUCGAACCCUUCGAUUCCGUCCUCGUGGAAUACGACAUGCGCGUAAUCGCCAACGACUUGCACGCCAACGCUGUACGGAUCGAAGGGGAGGAAGUCCAGCGACUGACAACUGCUGCACGUGCUGCUCAUGCAAUGAAACUCACGGUGUUCUUCAACCCGUGGAAGAUGAAUGCAGAUGUCGACGAGACGCGCGCUUAUUUCGAAGAGGCCGCAGAGGCGGCCGAACAGCUCAGAAACGAGGGCGUCGAUAUCGUAUUCGUUGCUGGCUGCGAGUACACGAUCUUCAGCAAAGGGGUCUUCCCUGGUGACUCGUUUAACGAGCGUGGAGCGUGGUUUGGCGCUCAGCUCGCAGGCUUCACGCUGGAAAAUAUCCCCGAGACCGUACGUGAGAAGUCGACAAAACUAAACGAAAUCCUACGGUCUUUUGCUGAGGCAAUCCGUGCCAAAUUCGCCGGGUCCUUGACAUACUCCGCUGGAACAUGGGAAAUCGUUGACUGGAGCAUCUUCGACAUCGUCGGCAUCGACCACUACCGCCGAGGCGAGACAGAAGAACAAUAUGUCGCAGGCCUCCAACGCCAUAGAUCCGAUAAGCCCCUGGUCGUAAUGGAAGUCGGAUGCUGUGCCUACGAAGGAGCAGCAGAACGCGGCGACGCCGGCUUCAUACUCCUAAAAGGCACGAAUCCAGACGGCAGCGGCAUGUUCGAAGACGAUGUCGUCCCGACCCGCAGCGAGCGGGAGCAGGCGGACUAUUUGGGUACGCAGCUGGUUCUCCUCGCGAAUGCGGAUGUCCAUGCUGUCUUCGUUUAUGUCUUUUCAUUCGCGUGCAUGCGGAUGGGUGAAGGGGCAAAGGACCUGGACAUGAUGUCUUAUUCAUUAGUCAAAACUUUCCCUGACCAGAACCCGAGGUCGAGAACCAUGCCUCCCUGGGCGCCUAAGGAGUCGUUUCACCGGGUUGCUAACUUUUUCAGGGACCAUGCUGCAGCUACAUCAGGCUCUCUAUAG